CGAAAGUGGUUGCGAACACACGUAGUCGCUUAGGCGAAAAUUUCUAGGCGAGUACUGGAUAGCCAGCAGCGCCUCAGUUAGUUCGUUUGAGAUCUCCAAAACCUAGUUUAACAUUAUAGUAAUCAUGCAGUCUAUGAUUAUCCUCGCAGCCACCCUCUGCCUGGCGCAGGCGUCAUACUACGCCGGCCCUCCCGCACACGUCCAGCUCAGCCCAGACGGCAAAUAUUUGUUAGACACACCCGAAGUAGCACACGCCAAGGCCGCACACAUAGCCGCGCACGCGCAGGCGAGCAGCAUGCAUGGCGCGUGGGCCCCCGCCGGCGGGGCGUAUCUAGGAGCGCCUGCUGCGUACGCCGCGGGACAUUACGGCGCCCCUGCCGCUGGUCUUCUCAAAUACGGUCCUGCGCCGCUCGCGCACGACGGCCGCGUGGUGGACACCCCCGAGGUGGCUCACUUGAAGGCUGCCCAUGCUGCUGCUCACGCGCACGCCCACGCUAAUGCGGCCCACGGAGCCAUUGCUCCCUUAGCCCUGGGCCACGCAGGUCUCGGCCAUGGAGCGCUGGCGCCCCUUGGCUAUGCUGCCCCCCUCGCUCACGGCGCUGGCUACGCUGGCGGUUACGGCAAAUGGACUGGCCCUCAGGCCCACAUCCAACUAACGCAUGAUGGCCAGUACGUGGUUGACACCCCUGAGGUACAACACGCGCGCGCCGCUCACCUGUCGCAGUACGCCGCCGCCGCGCACGCCGCCGCCGCCGCCCCCGAGGAGCCCUGGGGCCACGGACACGGCUGGCACUAACCUCUCUACCUCCGACCCAGCUACACUGCCCGACUGCCUUUCAUACAAAAUGUAUAUAAAAAUCGAAAAAAAAAGUUGUAUAAAGUGAACGUGAAAUGUAUGCAAACUCUUGUAGA